UCUGGUCCUUGUUUCCUCCAAUAGGGUCGCACGGCUGAAGCUGCAAUAUAAAGUAAAGAUGCUCAUCUUUCAGCAACACACUAGUAAGAAUCAGAAACAGGUUUAUGAGUACGAGAAAGUAUUGCAGAGUGGCAGGCAGGGGACUGCGCCCAGUCAUGGCGGACCACAGAAACAAGAUCCGACGAGCCACACAGCGGGAGAGGAAGGUGAGAGCAUCUACCAUUUUGAAAUUCAACUCCUCUUAUUGUUCAUUGAAAGUGUUUGGCGGAACAAAACAGUGACAGUAAACAAGAUACGCUUUUGCAUUCAAGCUUUGAACGCAAAAAGGGACCAGGAGGAACAAAAAGGAAGUGUCACUUUAAAUGAAAUGCAUUAGUUGCAUGAAAGCAGACAGACAGUCUGCUUAUACUUAUAAAUGUAGUCCGAGGCUGCUCAGGUCAAAUUUAGUUUCAGUUGAGGAGAUCAGACAAUUCCAACUGAGCUUUGCUUGAAAAGAAGAUGUUCUUUUUAGUAACAUAUGAUGGAGCAGCUGUAAAUGGAAAAAAAAAUGUUUUUCGGUUUAAAUGAUCCGAAUCUGUCAUUUGUGAAUUUGCAAGUAGAUAUACAGAUGUGGCCUCAAUCAAAGAGGGGUCCAAAUCCCAUCAAUCAGAACAUCUGAGGAAAAGAUGCGUUCAGGGACAGUCAUGGAGAAGCUUUGAGGCCAGGCUUGUUGAAAUCAAAGGCCUGAGAGCUGAAAUAAUUUUUGCAGGCUGUCUGUAUCAUUCUGAGAAAAAUAAAUGUGGUCAGUUAAUCUGCGGCUUGGAAAAGGACAACAGCCAAUGCAGCAUGUUCAAGCUGCCCCCCUACUGGGCGGCCCAUGAGCCUGUCGAUAUGGUGGUUUGAUGUUGGAUGGAAAAUAAGAACCCCCCACAACAAACAGAGAGGGCUGGAAUAGAGAGACUGGAACAGAGAAAGAGAGGGUAGAAAGGGAAGAACCAUCGACAGAUGGACUCUGUUGUGAUUAAAGAUGGCGGCAGUCUUCACUGCAGACUACGUUGGACUAUACUCGAUCCAUAGAAAAGCGGUGGGAGUAGUCUGCGAUUCAACACAACAAAAUCAAGAACCACACAGUAAGAAAUGGAUGGCAAAGACAAACUUUUAUGGCGACUUUCUGCUUUGGCCAGGCCUACUGGUGUCAGGGCAGUAAGAGGGAUGAUAACGUUACUGCUGCCCGCUGUGUCGAAUAACCAUGCAAUGGAAUCCUCAGUAAGUGGAUGUACUGCUGGAGGAUGUGUGAGGAAGACAAUCAAGCUCAAGGAGUUUUUUUGCAGUGGCAUAAGUAGAGGUCUGGCUCUAAUUGUUGUGCAGUGUGGGCUCUACCAGGACGUGGUUUAUGGAUGCUGGGACUAUGAGCAUAAGCGACAAAAGGGGCUACUGCGCAGACCUGGGUGGCAGCUUCACUGAGGAUGCUCCCAGACCUCCAGUCCCAGGGGAAGAAGGUGAGCUGGUGUGCAGUGAUGGACGCCAGUACAACAACCUGGGCUUCUCCUCAAAGAACGAGAGCCUCAAAUGUGAGGCGUCUGUGGCGACGCCCAGGCGGCCUGACUUGGACCUGGGUUAUGAGCCAGAGGGAAGUGCUUCCCCAACACCACCCUACUUAAAAUGGGCAGAAUCUCUUCACUCCCUCCUGGAUGACCAAGAUGGCAUCCAUCUGUUUAGGACGUUCCUUAAGCAGGAGGAGUGUGCAGAUAUGUUGGACUUCUGGUUUGCAUGCAGUGGCUUCCGCAAACUUGAAGCUAAUGAAGGUAACGAGGAGAAGAAGGUAAAACUGGCAAAAGCUAUCUAUAAGAAAUACAUCCUGGACAACAAUGGGAUUGUUUCCAGACAGAUCAAACCAGCUACCAAGUCCUUCAUCAAAGACUGCGUCAUGAAGCUUCACAUUGAUCCUGCAAUGUUUGACCAGGCUCAGACUGAGAUACAGACCAUGAUGGAGGAAAACACCUACCCUUUAUUUCUUAAGUCAGACAUAUAUUUGGAAUAUACGCGGACAGGAGGAGAGAGCCCUAAGCUGUACAGUGAUCACAGUUCUGUUUCUGGGAAUGGAAAGGGGCUGUCAGGUUAUUUACCGACUUUAAAUGAAGAUGAGGAAUGGAGAUGUGACCACGAGCCAGAGGAGCAGCCCGAGUGUGACCCCACACCGAGCAACCGGCUUACUCAGAAGCUGCUAAUGGAGACGGCACCACAGCGAGUUGCCAACUGCGUGAGAUUCCAGGACAGUCACGAGUACAGGCAUGCACCCAGCCGGGAACCCAUCAACCCAUACUAUGUCAACACUGGUUAUGCUAUGGCUCCUGCCACCAGCGCCAACGAUAGUGAGCAGCAGAGUAUGUCCAGCGACGCAGAUACAAUUUCCCUUACUGACAGCAGUGUAGAUGGGGUUCCACCUUACAGAUACCGCAAACAGCAUCGCCGGGAGAUGCACGAAAGUGCCAAAGCAAAUGGGCGAGUGCCACUACCUCAUAUUCCACGCACAAACCGGAUUCCAAAGGAUAUACAUGUGGAGCCGGAAAGGUUUGCUGCAGAGCUGAUCAGCAGACUGGAGGGCGUGCUAAGGGAGAGAGAGGCUAAAGAGAAACUAGAGGAGCGACUGAAGAGAGUACGAUUGGAAGAGGAAGGGGAUGAAGUCAUGUCUAUAGCCACAGCAUUACCCAGUCACAGGGUCCCCCCUGGUGCUUAUCCACAGAACUACAACCCCCGCUAUGCUGACAUCACCUACAGCGGUCCUUUAAUGAGAGACGCUCAUGAAGAGAACCCUGAGAGCAUCCUAGACGACCACGUCCAGCGGGUCAUGAAGACUCCCGGGUGCCAGUCACCAGGUACAGGCCGUCACUCUCCCAAGUCACGCUCACCAGACUGUUUCCCAGGAGGCAAAGGGAUGGGACUUGGAGCUGUGGUGUCCUCGAGCCAGGGUAGACAUCCAUCGAGGCAUGGUGUCAAGGGAGAGAGCAGCCACCUGUACCACCACAAACACGUGCACCACAUCCACCACACAAACGUUGGGAAGCCAAAAGAGCAGGUGGAGGCUGAGGCAGCCAUGCGUGUUCAUGGCAACUUUCCCUGGAACAUGGAGACGAGUCAUUAUGGAUCAAAGUCUCGCAGCUAUGCAGAUGGCAUGGGAUCCCACCCUGUGGAGCAUACAGGGUAUAGUAGCAAAGGUGGCACCCAAUGUAAGAGAGCGUUCAAGAAAGGUGACGAAGUGCGGCCUUAUGACAUGCCAGGGCCUGCGGAGGAGAUAGAGAAAAACCAGAAGAUCCUUUUGUGGCUGAUGGAAGGACAGAAAGAAAUGGUUCAACAUAAGAGGAGCCCAUAUGGCAGUACCACUGGGUCUAAGAGGGCCAUGGGACAUGAGGGAUCCCGUCUCAGCUCGGCGGAGCGAUCGGGGUCAGUGCACCCGUGCGUCAGCACCCAACUGCGGAACAAUGUGCAGCCAUCUCACCCUUUCAUACAGGACCCCACUAUGCCCCCCAACCCAGCUCCCAGCCCCCUUAUUCAGCUGGAAGAGGUGCGCCGGCGGCUUGAGGAGGAGAAGCUUAAGUCUGGAACUUUACAACCCAAGCAAAGGUAUGUGAUGGAGGUGAUCCAGAGGGGUCGCACCGCAGUCAGGCCUGCACUGUUCCCUCCACUCAACGUGGUGCCUGCCGUUUCUGACAGCGAGCUCUCCGAGCCCGAGUAUGUCUACUGUGUCCUACCAGUAACUCUUCCCACUAUCUCCAAAUAUCCCCAUAGACAUAAAGCCACUAAAAAGCAGCCAUGUGAAAACACUACUGUGGCGUAUUACUUCUGUGAGGAACUGAUACCGUACAGGACGUCUGUCAAAGGGAGGGUCGUCACACUGGGCCAGUUCAAAGAACUGCUAACAAAGAAAGGAAAUUACAGGUAUUAUUUCAAGAAGGUAAGCGACGAGUUUGACUGUGGGGUGGUGUUUGAAGAGGUACGUGAAGAUGACGCUAUCUUGCCCAUUUUUGAGGAGAAGAUUAUCGGGAAAGUCGAAAAAAUUGAUUGAAGUGUGCAUGUUGAAGAGGAAGGAGCCGAAAAGCCAGCACGUAAUAGGCCCGAAAGAGCGAUUGGAUGGCGAAGGGGAAGUGUUUCAGGGUUGAGACCGAAGGAGAGAGAAGAAAGCCAAUAUAGUAGAAGUGGAUUUAAGAGUUGAAGAGCAAAGCAGUGGUCACAGCAGAUGACUUGUGACUUUUGAGGCUCGAUAGCACCACUGCAGUAACGUUGGACUAGAAGAAAGAAAAAGACCUCAUUCACUUCUUUGGAGUGUAAUGUAGCAUUGUAAAAUUUACUAGAUAAAUGAAGAACAAAAGUGCUACUAAAGCUACAUAUUUUUGAUAUGAUGUAUCAGAGGGUGUCCUUUCUAAAGUAACCACACUUGUAAUUUUUAUAUGUAUUGGUACAAGAUGUGUACAGUUUGUGUUAAAAGAUAACAAAAUUUUAUAUCUAUUUAAAUAUUUAAGAUGCUCACUUUCACUCCUAUUGAAGCAGGAGUGUUGCCCCUGUUGAAGACGAUCAAAAUACUUAAUAGGGCUUUUGGUUGUUCCUCAUUCAUUGUAAGAGCCCUCUGGACUCAAAUGUUUGUGCUCGUCUUAGUGCUUUUAAUACUUUACUCACCAGUACUUUAUUUUGUGGCAUUCAGUCAGGCUGCACUUUCAUUGUAUAAUAUACCACUGACUAUGUCCUAACAUAGACUGCAACACGAAAGAGCACCAUAUAUUAGUGACCAGAAAGAUGGAAACCCCUGUACAGUCUACUGCAAUCCAGUACAACAGCCCAGUGUCUUACAAUAGUACUCUUUAAGAAGAUUGUCAUCAUUUAUGAUAACCUUUUAGACUAAAGCUGUGUGUUGUCGUAAUGGAUUUAAAAUACAACAUAUAAGAAACACUAAUGCAAUCCAGUAAACCACAAUUCAGCCUUGAAAAGUUACCAUAAAAGGUAUUGUGCGGUUCCUCUCUGACACAGUCUCAACAUAAAUUGAACAUAUUAAGUUAUUAUUUAUUGCAGAGCUAUUUUAUUGGGUUGCAGUACUGCAUAUUGUACAGGUUAUUUUAUUUUGCUGGUCAUUUGGUGUGUAAUCCAUAUAAUGGAGCUGAUGGCUAUGUUAAUGUACAGUCUUCUACUGCAUUGUUUUUAACUCAACCCAGUUAAAGUUUGAAGAAAAUUGCCUUGGAAUAACACAGUAGGUGCAAUAAUACUGUAAAAACAAAAAGAUAUGAUUGGAAAUUGUGAGGUGAAUAUCUAUGCAAGUUGAUCUAUAAUUUUGUUUCCCUAAUCCGAAAACGAUAUUAGGCAUUCAUAUUAAUUAACUCAGUAAAUAAGUAACAUUAGAAAAAUGUCUGAAAUGAUAAGAGGCUACAUAUAAGAACAGUCUGUUAAAAGCCUGUUUGAAUAAAUGUCUCAUAAUUCUAUUAAUCAGGCUGAAAUUUUAUUUGGGUUGAAGUCAGUGGCACUUCUAUAAAGGUUUGUUAUGUUGAUGAUUAAUCCUGAUUGUGGAUGAGUAAUUUGACCUUUUUUUUUUUUAAUUUUUAAAUAGUCCCUGCCAAUGAUAUUUGGAUAACAAUUACUCUUGGGAGGCCAGUUUUCCAAUUAUUUCCAGUUUAACACUAAAUUACACCGUCAUUUUUUAAAGUCAAGUGCUGCCUUCAGCAUUAGAGGUUAGUGUUGUUAAUGAAACAACAGAUCAGUUUCUCCACCUGUAGAUCUGCACACUCGAGUUCAUGCCCGCAGUGCAGAGAGGCCCAUGAACCUGGUCAUCUGAGGUCAUAUCACAGCAUUUGAAUGAGAAAGCCAGUGAAUGUCAUCAGAAUACUAUCAACAGCAUUGUGCAGUGAAUAUCACAUAAAGGCAUAUUUAAACAUACUGUAAGUGCUGGAUCUUUUUAAGUUGGUGUAGAGGAGUGUUCGACGUCCAUAAAUGUCCAUUUCUGUGAUCCCCAAGACCGUCUUAAACUUUGAAUCACUGCUUAGUUGAUCGAUCAGUUAGGAAGGGGCUGCGCUAAGACCCGAUAUCUAAUCUGUAGCCUUCUCUAGCUUAUCACAGCUACAUCUCGUGCCUAGCAGGAACGAAUUGUUUAGUGCAAAUGAUCUACUUUGGAUAGAUCCUGUUACACCAAAGAGAAAAAGAAGAUGGUAGGUACUGUAAACAUGCUCUUGAACUACCCUUUCACAUUGAUAUUCCUCCUAUUCUUAUUAUCCGUGUUAUAUGUCAGAAUGGUUAUUUUAGCGUAUACGAUUGCAGUUUUCUGGUACAUCAGACAUUUGGAUGGAACACUUCACGAAGCUCGCAGGGUGUUUAGAUUGUGAUAUUAUUGCUACAGUGAAAGAAUGUCUCAGCCGAUUGAUAUUUCCCUCUGUUUGGCAACGUUAGCGACGCUUUUGCACUGGAAUAGCACAAACUGAAACAAAAAAUCAAGGCACUCAGCUGGACAAGCUGUGACACUAAAAUUCAAGGCCACCUUGUUUCCUUUACCUCAUCAUUGUGCUGGGGUCCACAGUGAGGAAUGUGCUAUAAUAAAAGCCUUUCUUUUGUUAUGGAAUAAUGGGCAGAAAGACGAGUGGACCUUGAAACCUGAGUGCUGUAAUCAUAUGUGUCGUUGCAUAAAAACUCAGUGUAAGGAAUAUCUCCGUUUGGAGAUGCUGUUGUGUUUUGUUUUUGUGCUGCCUUUUUUUUAGUCUCCUAACUUAAAUCAGAUUAACUUAAAUAUAUUUAGUGUAUUUGCCUCCGGUGAUCCUUUGUAUGUUAAAUUAUACAUGUUGAGUUCAUGAUCAAGUUAAAUACGAUAUGUGUUAUCUUGAUUUUCAUUGUUUAUUUCUUUUGAAAUAUAGAGUAUCAAAUCUGUUAUGAUUUUUACUGUGAAAGCCCUCAAAUUAAACAUCCCUUAUUUAAGCUCAAUGAAAUGUAUAUAGUAAGUGCCUUUAUUACUAUGCUAAUGAUGUCUGCAGUGUGACUUCCAGACAGAUGUGGGGACAUAAAUACCAGGGACUUGCUUGGUAUUUUUUGUUUAGGUUUUUUUUUUUUUUUUUUUAAUGUUUGUCACUAUUCCACCUUGUCUAUGUAAAUAUGUACAACUGAAAUUGUCAUAAACCAGCAGCCCAGCACAUUUAGUACCCUGGACCUGUUUCUGUUCACCAACUAGCAUGGUUACCAUUUAAAGGUACCUGGACAAUAAAUACAUGCAAUAAACCA